CCACAGAAUAUCUGCACACAGACCAGACUUAAAAGCAGAGUCGGUUUGUUUUACUCUUUAGACUAGCAGAACCCAUUUUGUUCCACUCUUUAGACUAGCAGAACCCAUUUUGUUCCACUCUUUAGACUAGCAGAACCCGUUUGUUCCACUCUUUAGACUAGCCCAGGUAGUCCUGCAGUAAUGGAGCCUGGGUCGACCGUGAGUGCAGUGAGGAGUAGCAGGGUUCUGUGUGGCACAGAGAUACGGCCUGCUCUGAUUGUCAUCAAGGAGGGAAAGAUACACAAAAUCCUCCCAGACUCCAGUGGUUCUACUGGGGAUACUGCUGCUGGCUGUGAGGUGUUGGAUGUGGGAGACCAUCUGGUGAUGCCUGGUAUCGUGGACUGUCACGUCCAUGUGAAUGAACCGGGUCGCACCACCUGGGAGGGAUUCUGGACCGCCACGAGGGCCGCUGCUGCAGGAGGGGUCACUACCAUAGUGGACAUGCCCCUCAACAGCAUCCCGCCGACCACCACCCUGGAUAACUUCCAUGAGAAGAUGGCAGUAGCGUCGGGAAAGUGUUUUGUGGACACUGCCUUCUGGGGAGGGGUCAUCCCUGGCAACCAGCUGGAGCUGCUCCCCAUGAUCCGGGCUGGGGUGGCUGGUUUUAAAUGUUUCCUGAUCCACAGUGGAGUUGAGGAGUUCCCUCAUGUGACUGACGAGGAUCUGCACAUCGCCAUGAAACAGCUACAGGGCACAGGGAGCGUUCUCCUGUUUCAUGCUGAGAGGGAUGUCCCCCUGCCAUCAGAGGAAGAAGAGAGGGAUGUCCCCCUGCCAUCAGAGGAAGAAGAGAGGGAUGUCCCCCUGCCAUCAGAGGAAGAAGAGAGGGAUGUCCCCCUGCCAUCAGAGGAAGAAGAGAGGGAUGUCCCCCUGCCUACAGAGGAAGCAGACCCCAAGGAGUACUCCACCUUCCUCAAGUCCAGACCAGAUGUUAUGGAGCUGGAGGCCAUUCGAACUGUCACUGAGCUCUGCCUGAAAUACCAGGUGCAUUGCCACAUAGUGCACCUGUCCUCUGCCCAGCCCCUGGCUCUGAUCCAGGCUGCGAAGCAGGCCGGAGCCCCUCUGACAGUGGAGACCACCCAUCACUACCUCAGCCUGUCUGCUGAACACAUCCCUGCUGGGGCCACACAGUUCAAAUGCUGUCCUCCCAUCAGAGGGGUAGCUAACCAGGAGCAGCUGUGGUCUGCCCUGAAGUCUGGUCAGAUUGACAUGGUUGUGUCAGAUCACUCCCCCUGCACACCAGACCUGAAGAGAUUGGACAGUGGGGAUUUCACUCAGGCCUGGGGAGGGAUCUCCUCCUUACAGUUCGGUCUGUCUCUGUUCUGGACGUCAGCCAAUAAGAAGGGUUUCACUCUUCCAGACGUGGUGAGGCUCCUCUGCCAGCGCACUGCACAACUCUGUCGCCUUGACAACCAGAAGGGGAGCCUUGUUCCCGGUCACGAUGCAGACCUGGUCAUAUGGGACCCAGAGAAGGAGUUUGAGGUGAAAGACGCAAGUAUACAUCACAAAAAUAAGCUAACUCCCUACCUGGGCCUGACGUUGCUUGGGGAGGUGAGUGUCACCAUCGUCCGAGGCAGAGUGGUGUACAAGCAGGGUUCCUUCUCUCCUACGCCCCUGGGGAAGCAUCUCCUCCUCCCCCAGGGGACGACCCAGGUCUCCCUGUGUGAUGGAGAGAAGACCGAGGGGACCCAGGCCUCACGGUGAUGGAGAGAAAAGACCGAGGGGACCCAGGCCUCACGGUGAUGGAGAGAAGACCGAGGGGACCCAGGCCUCACGGUGAUGGAGAGAAGACCGAGGGGACCCAGGCCUCACUGUGACUCCCUGGAAAACAGUGGCAAGACAUGUUACUGAGGGGACAAUCCUGGCUACAUAAAUACAAUACAAUUAAAUAAAUGGACCAUGGGGGGAGGGGGGGCAUGUGUGUCUCAAAGUUCAGAUGCUUGACUGUUGUUUUAAUAAAUAAAGUAAUCUCUU